UUUUUUUUUCAGUUCAUGAAAAACGAUGGUAAUAAAGCAAUAGAUUCAAAUAAGCAUAAUUUAUGCGAUUUGUUCAGAACGCCGAAUCUUUGCAAAAAGUCUAUACUCAUCACUUACAUAUGGUAUAUAUUUUUUAUGCGCAUUUUCUUUGAGUUUGUGAAUGCAGUCGUUUACAAUGGUCUCACCUAUAACAUAUCAAAUCUCCCGGUCAACGAUUAUCUAUCAUUUAUCGUGAAUGGAGCAGUCGAAUUGCCCGCUUAUUUCAUUAUCUGGCCGAUGUUGAAUGCUGUUGGUCGGCGCUGGUCCUUGGCUGGUUCGAUGAUGCUGGCCGGGCUUGCUUGUGUCUCUACAAUCCUGGCCCCAGCUACUCACGAACAUCCGUGGUUUAUUGCGGCAAUGGCAUAUGUUGGAAAAUUUGGCAUUGCUGCAAGUUUUGCUGUAAUAUAUAUAUUUUCUGGUGAAUUGUAUCCGACUGUUGUGCGAGCGAUUGGCAUGGGAAUGAGUUCAAUGGUAGCCGGCUCUGGUCUUAUCCUUGCACCAUAUCUUGUACGCUUGGUCGGUUUUUGUAAUACUACAAGAGGGAAUCUGGCUUGA